GCUAGCCAUUGAUGUUAUCGCAUUGAAUCGCCGACCAUAAAUAUACAAUCGAGGGCGACAAGUGCGACAUUCAGAUAUGGAACACACCGACGAAUCUGUUGACGUUGAGUCCAGAGACCUUCAUUCCACUAAAGGUACUGAUACGUAUGAUUUAGAAUCGAAUGCCGACGAGGAUGACAGUUAUUCAGGAUCCAGUGGGGAUGAAAGUUCAGAGACUGAAAGUUCAGAGACUGGCGAAGAUGCAUCUGAUAAUAUUGGAGCUGCAGUUCAUAGUGAGGUAAAUUUUGAUUCAAUUACUUCUGAUGAGAUUCGAGCCAUGGAAUUUGCUACUGUUAGUGAAGCUUAUGAAUUUUAUUACCGGUAUGGUAAAUGUAAGGGUUUUGCUAUUAGGAAAGCUUCUAGUAGGAUAAAAGAGUUAGAUGGUAAUAAAGUAACACAAAUGAAGCAGUUUGUUUGCAACAGACAUGGUUUAAGAGAGAAGAAACAUUUAACCAGGUUAGAUAGGAAAGUAGAACAUAGACGUUUGAGCCGUACAAAUUGUGAAGCUAGGUUUCGUGUGCAAUACAGAAAACAAAAGGAUAGAUAUGUAGUUACUGCUUUCGUAGAGUGUCAUAACCAUGAAUUAACCCCAGCUAGGUUUGUUCACCUGCACCCUGUUUAUCGUAAAAUAUCUGAAGCAGAUAAGGCUCAGAUUGAUGGUCUUCAAACACGUGGAAUUAGAACUUGUCAUAUAAUGGGGUACAUGAUUGCCCAGAAGGGUGGAUAUGCUAGUGUUGGAUUUACAAAGAAAGAUUUGUACAAUUAUUUUGAUAAAAAAAUGCGUGAGUGUAUUAAAGAUGGUGAUGUUGUCGCUUCUUUAAAUUAUCUUAAUGUAAAGUCGUCUACUGAUCCCAUGCUAUAUGCUGAGUAUGCCGUCGACAAUAGUAAUGGACGAAUGAGGUCUCUAUUUUGGGCUGAUGGCAGUAGCAGAUCAGACUACUUUUGUUUUGGUGAUGUGCUUGCCUUUGACACGACUUACCGGAAGAAUAAAUACAACUAUCCAUUGGUUGUAUUUUCAGGGUGUAACCACCAUUCUCAGACAGUAAUUUUUGGUGCUGCAUUGGUAGCAGAUGAAACGACGGAGACGUACAAGUGGGUGUUGAAUUGUUUUUUAGAGUGCAUGGAAGGUAAACAACCAAAAGCAGUGGUAACAGAUGGAGAUGGGGCAAUGAGGGAGGCCAUAAAACAGAUUUUUCCUGAUGCCACCCACAGGUUAUGUGCUUGGCAUUUGAAUAAGAAUGCAGUUGAGAAUGUGAAAGAUAAUCCAGAAUUUUUGGACGGUUUUCAAAAAGCCAUGUACUCAAAUUUCACAAAGGAUGAAUUUGAAGAGUAUUGGUCAGAGCUAAUUAAAGAAAUUGAAGUGGAACAACAUCCAUGGGUUGUCAAAACUUAUGAGAAUAGGUCACUAUGGGCAACUGGAUAUCUACGUGAUCAGUUUUUUGGACGUAUAAGGACUACGUCUCAAUGUGAAGCUGUUAAUGCAAUAAUAAAGACUUAUGUCAGGACGAAAGGCUGCAUUUUUGAAUUCAUGCAUAAUUUUGAUCAGGUUUUGAGAGAUUACAGAAAUAAUGAAUUGGAAGCUGAUUUUAAGUCAAAGUUUACGGUACCUGUGUUGACAACUCAACUGCGUGUGAUUGAGAGUGAUGCCGCCAAUACUUAUACUGCGGAGAUUUUCAAAGAAGUUAAAGAGCAAAUUCUGAAGGCUGGUGCAUUGAUAGUUAAGCAUAAAAGUGAUCACGGGGAUACAAAGAUUUAUACAUUAACAAAAUUUUGUAACGAUACAUAUGAAAGGAAAGUUGUAUUUGAUGGUACCACAUUGCAAUGUUCGUGCCCUUGGUAUUGUCGCGAUGGACCAAGGAUGCCAAAAUUGAGUAUUUGA